AUCACCAACAACAUCCUUGACUCCAUUCACGCAAGCGACAGAUCGCGAGCAUGCGAUUGAAGCUCCUGACGGUCUAACGCGUUCAUCCAAUCGACUUUUGCCUCUGGCGCCAACAUCGCAAACCGCUGGCCGCAAUGGCCGACUUCAGCUUCAGCGAAGACGCUGAAUUGCUCAAGUUGAACGCGCAGGUGCUCGAAGAACCCGAAUCGUACGAACACUGGGAGAAGCUCAUCGCCGCCGCCGAAGCACAAGAAGGAGGGCUGCACCGAAACUCCAGCCCCGGCGCCAUCGCCUCCACCCGCGAUGUCUACGACCGCUUCCUCGCUCACUUUCCCCUCUUUUUCGGGUACUGGAAGAAAUAUGCAGACAUGGAAUUUGCCAUUGCAGGCACUGAAUCGGCAGAGAUGGUCUACGAACGCGGAGUCGCCAGCAUCGCCAGUUCCGUCGACCUCUGGACCAACUACUGCGGCUUCAAGGUCGAGACCAGCCAUGAUUACGAUGUCAUCCGAGAACUGUUUGAGCGCGGUGCUGAGAGCGUCGGGUUGGACUUUCACGCCCAUCCUUUCUGGGACAAGUAUCUAGAAUUCGAGGAACGCUUGGCUACGCAUGACACCGAGGCGCGCAUCUUUGCCAUCCUCGGCCGCAUCAUCAACAUCCCCAUGCACCAAUAUGCCCGCUACGGUGAGCGAUACCGAACAAUGGCCGCCAAGCGCCCCAUCGAAGAGCUUGCGCCCCCCGAGCUCAUCGCUCAGUACCAGCACGAAAUUGGUGCAGACGGAGCUCCUAAGCAGCCCAAUGAAUUGGAGGCUGAACUGCGAGCUCGCAUCAAUAGCUACCAUGCUGAAGUCUUCCAUCGCACGCAAGAGCAGACCACCCAGCGCUGGACAUACGAGCAGGAGAUCAAGCGACCCUACUUCCACGUCACCGAACUCGAUGAGCCACAGCUGGCCAACUGGAGGAGAUACCUGGACUUUGAAGAGGCCGAGGGCGACUACAUUCGCACCAAAUUUCUCUACGAGCGCUGCUUGGUGACUGCCGCGAACUACGAGGAAUUUUGGCUUCGCUAUGCGCGAUGGAUGUUGGCGCAGGGUCCGAAGCAGGAGGAGGUGCGUAACAUCUACCAACGCCCGAGCUUCCUCUACGUCCCAAUAUCGCAACCCACCAUCCGCCUCGCCUACGCCCAGUUUGAGGAAUCCGAAGACCGACCCGACAUUGCCGUAGCAAUCCAUGAAGCGAUACUCAUGAACCUGCCGAAUCACGUGGAGACGAUCGUUUCACUGGCCAACGUGCACAGGAGGCAACACGGGCUGGAAGCCGCGACUGAAGUGCUGAAGACGUACAUCCAGGACGAGAACAGCAGCGUCUACACUCGUGGUGCUUUGGUCAGCGCAUGGGCUCAGCUGGUGUGGAAGGGAAGGGGGGACGCGGAAGAGGCACGCCAGAUCUACGUGAACAACCAACCACAGUACCUCGACUCUACUGUCUUCUGGACGGAGUGGCUCGAUUUCGAGAUUCAGCAGCCAGCACACGGAGAGGAUGGCUCGGUCCACCACAAGCGUGUCAAGUCGGUGUACGAUGAUCUGCGCCACAAAUCGCAUCUGCCGCCGCCGUUGGUUAGAGAUUUGUCGGCUGUGUACUUCAAGUUCCUGAAGGAGCGCGGAGGCAAGGGGGUCAUGAAGGAGUUGGUGCAGCUUGAUCGUGAGAUCAACGGUCCUACGAGCGUGGCAGCCACUCUCAAAGGCAAUGCGGGAGUGGAUGUGACCAUGUCGGGGACUGUCGAGAACGGGCAUGCAGUGGACAAUGCCUACGCUCAGCAGGCUCCGCAAGCUGUGAACGGCGGUCACCCGUAGCGAAAGCUGCUGUGCGUGAAACUUACGACGGGGCCAGGCACAGCGCUGGUGUAUAGUAUAGCGAGGGAGGCGCAUGGCUCGAUGGGAAUUGUGGAAUCGGAAAAUGGGGCCUGGGAAGCAGUGUAGAUUUCAGUGAGCGGCCUUCUUACGGCGUGCUCAGACUGGAUGAAGAAUGGAAAAU